AUGGAGGAUGAGCGCAAAGUCGAGCUGGAUUGCAUCACGGCGAUCUUCCCAGAGAUGGUCCUGGAUCCCGAAAGCCCAUUCUCCGCCUCGAUCGAACUCCCCGUCAACCCGCAAACUCCUGUCGAUGUUGCCUUCACCAACGCUUCCGACGCGCCACCGACCCCGCCACAGUCGGACUCGAGCGAAGUCAACGUCAGCGUCGAGUUAACCGCCGAUAACGUUGAUCUACAGAACGUAUCGUAUCUGCCGUCACUACAAUUACACAUAACCUUACCAGAUGGAUAUCCAGAGGAACAGCCGCCAACGUUCAAGCUAUCUACAACGCCAUCGUGGCUCUCCCGAGCAUAUCUGGACGAGCUCGAAAGCAAUGCGCAGGCCUUGUGGGAAGAGGCGGGUCACGGCGCGGUUGUCUUUGGCUACAUUGACUCGCUGCAGCAAGCUGCUGAAAAUGCGUUUGGGUAUGCGGGUGCUAGCAAGAUAUUGGAGGCCCCUCGGGACUUCAAGAUCUCCAUGCUUGAUUUUGAUAUCCAAGCUAAGCAAGCUGCUUUCAAGAGGGAGACCUUUGGUUGCGGUAUCUGUCUCGAACCGAAGAAAGGCUCCGUCUGCCAUCGGAUGCUCGACUGCGGUCAUGUCUUUUGCGUUGAAUGUCUUCAGGACUUCUACAACAAUGCCAUCAAGGAGGGCGACUUGGCUGCCGUACGCUGUCUAGCUCCCGGCUGCGCAAAGGAACGCGCAGAAGCACAGGCUGAUGGCUCGAGGAAGAAGCCAAAGACGCACCUCAGCCCUAGCGAAUUAUUACAGAUCCCUCUGGAACUCGAUACGAUUACCCGAUAUGUCAGACUGAAACACAAAGCAGGUUUGGAAUCGGACAAGAAUACAAUAUAUUGCCCUCGGAAAUGGUGUCAAGGUGCUGCCAGGUCAAAAAAGCAUCGAAAACCCAUUGGUCUUGCUCUUCAUGACGGUUCGGAUGACGAGUCGGGUUUGGACGAAGAGGAGGCGGGGACAACACCCUCUAGGAGGGACCUCCUGUCAGUGUGCGAAGACUGCUCCUUUGCAUUCUGCAACAGGUGCUAUCAAGGGUGGCAUGGCGAAUUCACCAUAUGCAUGCCCAAAACGAACACUGGCGAGCUCACCGAGGAGGACAAAGCCUCUAUAGAAUAUCUGAAACUUCACACAACACCGUGCCCGACAUGCUCUGCUCCAGCACAGAAGACUCAUGGCUGCAAUCACAUGAUAUGCUUUACUUGCCGCUCUCACUUUUGCUACCUUUGUUCUGCCUGGCUAUCGCCCUCGAACCCUUACGCGCACUUCAAUACCAUCAAUACCAGAUGCUAUAUGCGACUGUGGGAACUAGAGCACGGUGAUGGCGACGACGUUGGGGUUGGAUAUGCUGGUGGUGUCGAGGAAGUUCUUGAGGAGGGGGCGGUGGAGGUUGGACUGGAAGCUCCGCCCCUGGCCAUAGAAUUCCCGGACGAACCUGAAAUAGACCCGACUGAAGAUGCCAAUGCAGAACCUCCGGUUGUACGAGAAGCCCUUCAGCGCGAAGGACCACUUGUUCUACGGAUCAACGAACUUCCACCUCGGCCUGUACUAGCACUAGCACCAGCUCCUGGCCUGGCGAGAGAUGGCCCGGGCAAUCGUGGACCGGCCGCACAAAAUCAAGCCCGGGGUCGGAAUGGACCACGGCAAGUAGGAGGGCAGCGAGGAGGUCCGCGUAGGCGGCGGCUAAAUCCGGCUGGACGACAACGGGCACCACCAGAGCUAGAUGAGAUAGGAGCAGCUCAACAGGCCUGGAUACAGAUGUUUGUUCAGAUGGCCUUGAAUGAUGAAGAGGAUCAACUUGAUAGUGACGGUGAGGAGGAUGGUGCUUGGGAGAUACCCGUUAGGUAG